ACCAUCAUAUUUCCAGCAUCAAGAGCAUCCUUGUAGGCUGAACGACGACGACUUCAAUCUGCUUGUACUUCCUUACGAGUUGCAACGACCUCUUCACUGUCGCCAUCACACUCGCUUCGCCUUCCUUCCCCGCUGUCCCCGAGUAACCAGCUCACCUUUCAGCUUUCGAUUCUAUCGAUUCGUCUGUACUUGUUGUAGUUACCAAGGUAGAUACGAUCCUCACGCUGUGGCAGAUGCCCGAGAACGACGUAUUGACUACGUUUCUCACUGCUGCCGUGGCGCGUAGGUUCUCAAAGCGCGAUGACCUGGGCAAGGAUGUGCCCCUGAGAUAACAUACCUCUAGGGAAAGGACAGUGACCGCUGAGCGAUAGCGUAUCUUUGCCGGGAAAUCGGUUUUUCAAGGGCACGAUGCCUUCUCUUCACCGACCAAUCAAAGCAGACCCGCGACGCUCGAACCGCACGGGACCCGUGCCGAGCACAUCUGCGAUCCACGUCCCUUCACCCGACUCCAAUCAGGGUCACAAAGAUCAUGUCCAAGAUGAGGAUGAAGAAGAUGUUGCCGAAAAAGGCAGCAGCUUGGGUCCGACGGGAUUAGGGCUUGCGCGACAGCACAGCGGUACCGGUGUGGGGAGCGGCUCUGGAGCGGGAUUGUGGCUGAAGAGCAGCAGGAUGAAUAUUAGCAACAGCCACCCUGCCCCUUCAAAUGAUGCUACCUCUGCUUCGCCAGCAUUGGCCCAGGAGCUCCAAGCUGAAGCGGGAGGAACUGUCGCCGAGCGGUUCGCGCCGCCAUCCAUGUUGGCGGCUUUCGUGCCGCUUGCCGAGCCUGACCAGGUGGCUGGGGGAAAGGAAGCAACAGAAAGGAAGACAUCUGUCAACGCGCCUGUCAAAAGCGCUGCGCCGAUGAAUGCGCAUGUUGAAAUGGCGCGCUUGCAAGCGACACUCAAGGCCACUGAGACGGACGUACCAACUGGAAAGAAAACUGGAAGUGACCUUGAUGAGGAGCGCAAGCGAUCAAGUGGCCAAAGUAGCGCCAAAGGAAAGACGUAUCACAUACCAGCAUCCUCGCUCUCUGGCGCAUUGACCGAUCUUAGCGCUUUAGGCAUCUAUAUUGGCCCCACGGGUGGGCCCGACAAAUACAAAGAAGCCCAUGUCAAAGAUGGUGGCGUUGACCUUGAUCUUAGCUUUGAUUUUAUUAGUAGCGCGGAAGAAUCGGCUUCGCACGCUGCCGCGACGUCAUCGCCGAGGGGCUCAAGUCCAAGCAAGGGACGUCCACCCAAGUCCCCAAGUCGGCCCAACACCAACCUCCUUGCCAGUUCCAGCCCCAGCUCAUCCUAUUCUUCUAGGGUUAUGGAUGUCGAGCGACAGCAGCACGCUCAGCUUGCCGUCCCGAUCGUCUCGCUCACCUCGCCCUCGCCCGCCAAGAGUUCAUCGGGCCUUACAUUUUCGUCACCAGCACCCUCCUUACGCACACGACCUGCAUGGUUUACGGAUGGCAUCGAUGGCUCGCCAGAGCGCUACCGAAAUGGUAAUGGCGUCCCAACGCACCCGAGGGGCAUGGCUGCCAGUGCGAACUGGCUCAGAAGAACGGCGAAGAAGCCGCCGGCUCCGUUGGCGCUCGAGUCGCCAGUGAAGGAGAGACACAGAAAGCAGAGCACCAAGGGCGAGCUAAGCGGCGCGCAUAAGAAGGGAUCGAAUCACAAAAUAGGAGCGCAGACGCUUAUCAAUGAAGUUGAGCGUGCAGAGCAAAAUGGACUUCAGUCCGCCUUUUCGCCUGACUUGGGCGAGCCUUCUGGUAGCAUUGCAGAUGGCGAUGAGCUGCUUCCCAUCACACCAUUGAGCUCCACGCGUCGUGGUCAACAUUCGGGCCUCAAGCGAGAUACAGCAGCGGUCAUAGACGAGACUCGACCAUCGGCCACUGUGCCAGCAGGCUUGACGCGUUCGUGGAGCACAAAGGCGUCCAUGGCAUCUUCUGCCGGCUCCUACCCUCCGCCUUCAGCACCGCCGACGGCCCCACUACCUCCGCUUCCACUGGACGCUGCUCUGUCGGGCUCAAAACCCAGCUUUGAUCAGCACGAUGAUCUGACUGAGUCAUCUUCGACCGUGCCACUUCCCGUGCCGCGCAAGAGCUUCCCACCGGAAGCAGCAUACGAAUUGGUCAAGGAUGCAAAGUCCAUCGAAGACAUGGAAGAGCUGCUUGACGAUUUGCAAAAACGGACUGCUGGUGCUUCUGCUACCCCUUCGAUUGGAGCCCGAGAGCCUCGACGCUCGAAUUCACGUCGACUUCGUCCUGAACCCCCACUUCCGAUGGUAGAUGGUGAAGGGUUCGAGCUCGAAUACAGCCUUGCAGCCAACUUACCGCUGCGAAGCGCUUCGAUGCAUGGCAGGCCAUCUGCUGCGUCUGCUAUCAGCUCCCGACGAAGCUUCGUCACAGCGGCCAGCAAGACAUUCGACGAGCCAAGGCUGUCUUUGUCGGACACUGCGCAUCUGCGCCGCAAAGGCAGUGUUUUUUCAAAAGAUGGAGAUCGUCUGAGCACGGGCAGUGCUUCGACUUUCCAGACCGCCGAAGACGAUACUCACUCCUUUUCGUUGUCCGGCAAUGCGAACGGGCUGCAAUACAGCCCCCAUGUCUCCCAAACGGAGGAUACUCUGAAGGAUGCAUUCACGCCACAGAGCGGCUCGUUGCUAUCACAGGCCCCGCUUGCGUCGACAUCAAAGGUGCUAUCUGCAGCUGCACGCUACGAGAUGGCAAUCGCUGGUCUUUCACCUAGUAGCCUUGCUGGGCAGAGGCUUUCUCCAGCCGACUCGAGUCCCCUCACUCCAUUCUCCGAGCUGUUCUCUGAGCCGAUGACUAGCGGCUCAAGUCACUUCAGUCAAUCGACGGCCCCUUCCGCAGGGAGCAUGGGCGCUAGAGUCUCAGCAUCGGUGCUGACCACUGCGUGGAGCGGCAAGGUUACGCAAUCGUCCCUGACAACAGUAGAUGAGCCAGAUUUCAGCGGUGGGCCAUACAUCCCACCUUUCAAACUCUCUUCACGCGCUCGGUUGGAAAAGCUGCAAGAGUCGAAGACAGAGGAGGAGCCGCUCACCAAGCAGUGGGUCGAGCAACAGCGCAAGAGCGUACAACCUCGACAUCAAUCGUGCGCGGAGCUUAGCCCCAGCGUCAGCAGCAAUGCAGACAGUCCAUGGGAAGGAGAUGGCAGCGAAGCAGAACGUCCCAAACAAACCAUCAUCCUGAGUACUGACAGCAGGACAGAGGGUCCUUUGUUCAUUUCAGCUGUCGCUCCUUUGGACGGCUCAGAAAAGGGACACGGGCCCUGGCCUCAAAGUCCACUCUUGCUUGACGAUAAGAAUUUGCUUUCUGACGGCAAUUCAACUAGCCUUGCGUUGGGGUUGAUUCUUGGACCAGCCGUACCAGACUUGGAUGAGGAACAAAAGUCCUACACUCUUCACCCUGCCGCGGCAGAACAACAGACCGAAGCUUCUGUUGGACUGCCAAGAUCCAGCAGCAGCUUGGACGGCUUUGCGUGCAACGUCACACCGCCGAUGAAGGUGCUUGAAGAGCCGCCGCGCCUAUCCGAAGCAAGCGACGCACCUCGACCGCCGUCCGGCUUGAAGAACAUGAUUGCUACCGCCGUGCUUCAAUCUCCCACCACCCCAGGUCGGAUAUCUGCUAUGUUCAACAUCCUCGGAGGCAAGGCAAAACAAGAUGCUUCGGUCAGCUCGCCGGUCAGUAGCAAAUCGCCAAUCAGCAGCCCGCCCAUGCGCCAAAACAGCACUUCGAUGCGUCCACUGGCCCUAGUAGACAAGAAAACGAAAGAAGCUCGCCGAGUAUCUUUAGGCUGGCAUCAACGUACGAUUUCAAAAGAUGCGCAGUGUUUCACGGACCAGAUUGCGUCGCCGAAGGGCAGACCUGAGUCCGAAUUCUCGCAGCCGCCCACUCCACCGCAUUCUGUGGGAGACGACCCACAAUCAACUGAUCACAAGCUAGCCUCGCCUACAGCAGCAACGACAGCCCCGUCUAAGAGACCAUCGCGUCAUAUUCGACGUGUUUCUCGCCUUGGAUACGUUCUAACUGAACACGAGAUCAGGCUAGAGAUGUCCGGAGAAUCGAAGGAGGGGCAUGACGCACCAAAUGUGUUGCCGGCCACGAAUUUUGACAUGAUAAGGUCACCUCGGGUCGCAUCAAGCCCAACUGGUACCACCCCGGCACUCGCCUUCAGUCCGCCCCUGAGCCAUGCAUGGGCCUCAGCAACGAGAUCAAGUCCCAUGCUCCCCCUCGAGCCUCCAGCGACAACAGCCAAGAACUUAAUCACCAGAGGUUCUGUCACCGGCUCAACUGCUGUUUCUCAGCCUGGCUCGCCCUGGCUGGAUUUUGACGGUUCGAUCCUUGCGUCCAGAGCAAUCGUUGACUCGCCAGAAAUGAGACAUACAGAGCAGUUGGGUACGCUUGGUGUACAGGCCAGUGUCCGCUUCAGAGGUGCUCGGCAGUCCACUGGCGUGCAGGGCCUGGGUCUGGAAGGGUUUACUGCGAACGACCUGGAGGAUGCGGCAAUUAUGUCAAAACAUGGCCGCAGUCCGUCCCUCAGCCCAUUCGGUGACCAUCCGUAUCACCGUCGUAGAAUUAGCCUUGGCCGACUCAGCUUCAACGCAAAACCAGAUGUUGGCAGGUCGCUUCGUGCAUCGGCGAUUCCUGCCUCCGUCUUUGACACGGCCCUGCCGUCGAAAGCCAUGUUCUAUGCUGGCUUCCUCGGCAUGCCGUGGCUUUGGCUUCUUGGGGGCUGGUGGCUCAAUGAGCAUGGGCAGAUCAGGGUCGAUCGUAAUACCAAAUUCUCGCUGUGGACGCACGAGGCAAGUGUGCAAGAGGCACGCGAGAAGGAUCUACAAGGCUCUCCUGUGUCAAUCUUGCAGUACGCAGAUGCUACAUUCGCAACGCAGUGCCCGAACGAAAGCGUUGUUUUGGACCAGUCUCUUUCGGUUGAUGUGUUAGGGAAUACCACGAUGGGCAGCGGGACUACGCGCACUCUGCAUACUGCGGCAAGCCGGGCGACUUUGGGGUCGCUAUACACCACGGGCAACUCUUCAUUUGCGACGAUUUCACAGCAACAACCAUCUAGAGCAUCCUCAUCGGUCCGAAUACCUCGUCAGCGGACUGCAUCGGUCGAUUCAAUCAUCAAUCCGACACCAGAAAUCGCUUUUUUUCAGUCGCCUAUCCGCACCGUGCCUGAACGACGAUGCGACCCGCUGUCUCCCACGCAAAGCUCACUUGUAGAGGCUGUGCGCGCCGCAUCCACUUUGCAGAUUCUGGUGGAGGAUACGCCUGGCGAGGAACGACGCUAUUCUGAGCUCACUGCUGCAGAGGAUCGGACGGAUUGCAGUGCGCUUCAAAAUUCGAUUACGAGCACUGCUCAACCAAGGCCGACGCCGGACCUCGAUGGUACAACACUUUCAGGGCAAGCACUCUCAACAGUGCAACAGCCUUGCAAGCAGCAGGGAGUAGUAUCAUGGUCGCGUUUGGAGCGCUACGUGCUACUCAACCGCAUUUUUGCAAUUGGAAGCUUUCUUGUCGUCAUGGCUGGCUGGUCAGCUGCCUUGUUCGCCGUUGCGGCAAAUUUUUGAGACGCCUGCGCCUCAUUCUGGCUCUUGUCGCCAGAGCGAGGACAGCAUUCGACUUUGCACUCGCUUUGCGACACUGGGUGGCCAGCCGAGUCGCAGGCCAACAUUCUUUAUUAGGCAUCGUUAGUGAGAAGGUCGAACACAUAGCUCGGUUUCUCAUGGAUACUUGGAUAGGCACGUCGCGGGACGACGAGCUCGGACAAUACACACGCCACUUCCCCGGCACCAGGCGGGAAGCACUUUCUUUAAUGGAAAAUUGCGCGCAGGACAUGCGUCGCCACACGUAACAUACCAAUGUAGA